CGUUGACCCUCCAAUUAGCCUAGAAAACGCGCGGAUCAUCGUUAACAGACCCCUACUCUCUUUCCGAUUAGUAAUUCGCUCGAAUACGGCAAAAGAUCAGCCACAUCCAGAUCCCAACGACCUAUUCACACAAUCAAUGCAAGCAUGCCGCGACGCCGCCAUCAACAUCUCCAAAGCCUCCUCAAUACCCAUCAUGGACCUUGUCGCAGAUACCUACGCAGCUGCAUUCAUCAGCAUCCACACUUUCACUGCCGGUCUCACGUUGGGUUUACUAAACAGCAUCGACCCGUUGAGUUCGCAAUCGCACGAGGCUAAAGUAGGGUUGCAGAGAUUGAUGGUUAUUCAGGCGAAGUUGAAGAAGCGCUCGCCGUUGUCUGCGCAGGGGUUGGAGAUUUUUCAGCGCUUGGCGAGGCAUGUUUUGGAGGAGUUAGGCGCUAUGCUUGCUGUUCCUGGUGUUGAGUCUGUGGGUGCUUCAGGUGGGCAGGCAGGUCGUUAUGAGCAUUGUCGUGCUAUGGCGGAGGAAGAUCCUCGUCCACAACAGCCAGACUCAUUGAUCAGUACUAAAACCUAUUUACCAGUGAUUACGAGGCCUGAGGAGACUUCUCGAUCCGUAACAAAUGACACGGCAUUCCAGUACAUUCCCGAUACAGCCCUAUCACACCGUAGCUGAAUUUGAAAAAGUGAUGCUCCCACCAUCUCCAUUUUGCACUUCUCAAGCAGAGCAGGGUUCCGAUAAUCUCGCCUGGCCGUUGGAUGAUGAUGUGUUUCCGUCGUUGGAGCAAGCGUGGAUAUGAGGAUUGGAUAGUUUUACGCUUCCAGAGUAGAUUGG